CCAGAAGUUUUUCAGUGCCGGGUGGACACCGGCCACAUGUGCCGAUCACCAUCUCGAUCGUCCAAAUGUGUUUUACACGGUUCAAAUUUGUUUGGGUAAUUUUUUAAACAUAAAAUUAUCAAAACACCUUUUUAAGUCCAAACAAAUCUUGGCCGUUCAAAUCACGGUUGAACCGCCAAAAUGCGUGCUCGGCACCGCAUGGCAGGUGCCCGCUCUCCCGUCGCACCUCCAAGUUCAGAUCAAUGACGACUCCGACGGUGGGUUUCAAAUCCACAAAUCAUUCCGAUGCAAACACCGACAAGCGUAUCAACGCAGUCCACCACUACAAUAAGCGAGAGGAGGAGGGAUGGUCCCAUCAUUCAUCCAGAAAGACCUGGCAAACCUGUCUGCGGUAUUUACCAGUAUGACGGGACUUGUGAUUUUGGAGCUGCUUGUCCAUUCGAUCAUCCCAAAGAUCUACAACCAACGGGACCGAAGAAGCGGAAACGAGGGGAGAAGAAGCCGCGCUUGACCCUUCGUGGAUUUACCUUUGAGGAGCAAGAGGCUCACUUUAAGAGGGCCAACGAGACCGAAGGGUUUCAUGUUGGGUAUGUUCCGCUGGGCAGUCGACGUGGUGGCAUUAUUUACCCAGUCCCGCUUAGUCAAUGUAGCAGUAUACCAAAGAACUUAGCAAAGUUGGCUAUCAAAGGUUACAAUGAAGAACACGCCACAACAUACAAGUUUGUCAAGCUCAUUCGAGUAAAUAUGAAGUCCGUUGGUGGUAUUCUGUAUUAUGUAACCUUUCAGGCCAAGGACAUGAAGCCUGGUUCUCGACCCCAAAACUUCCAGACUCGGGUGUUCAAAUCUAUAAGAGAGACCGAGGUUCAUUUAUGCAGGCUUGAACAAAAGAAAUCCAUGCUACCCGAAGGUCCUGGGGAAACAUUGCAGCAGCAGGACUAGUAGUAGUAUUAUGAUGUUGGUUUAGUUUAGAGGUUCAUGUCAUGAAAAUGUUUUUUCGGUGAGGUGGAUCACGAAAACUUGUUUCCUUUUUACGCAUGUGGUUGUUGCUUCUAACCUGCGCAUAUUAUGGGGUACUUGUCGUGAUUAUCCUACUGUUAUAUCAGUGCAGCAGUACAGUAGUUUGAA